ACCUUAAAUGUGCACCAAAGAAUCAAUCAAUCACCAAAAGAUAUAUAUAAUAAUACUACUAAAACAAUAACUAUAUUUUAAUAUUAGAAAACUUAAGGAGAUCAAAUUAGAGAUCUUUAAAAUGGUGAUGUUAUGAAUCAAGUAUAGUUUUAGUUUACUACUUAUAAAUGGUGUACUAGUUAUGGAAGUUUUAAAGAGGGAUGAAGAAGAUGUUAGUCCUAGAUUUUCAUUUCAAAAGAAUGGAUCAUCAUUGUCUUGUGUAGUACCACCAUUUUUGCUCAGCCCACAAAAGAGCUUGUACUACAACAAGUUGCCUGAGGAGCCAUUCAAUCUCACAAUACUCAAAUUGGAUGGCUCUUCCUUUGAUAUUAAAGUUGCAAGGAAUGGGACAGUGGCGGAGCUGAAACAGGCGGUGGAAUCUGUCUUCAGUAAUUUUCCGAAGACAGGAACAGGCAAGGUUUCAUGGUCACAUGUAUGGGGACAUUUUUGCUUGAGCUACGAUGGGCGGAAGCUACUUACUGAUAGUGAUUUGUUAGGAACCUAUCGGAUCAAGGAUGGCGAUAAGCUCAGUUUUAUGAGGCAUGUCUCCAUCAGUUACAAUCUGGUCAAAACGCGAUCAGAGAGAGAGGACCCUAGUAAGAAUGAACCUAGCAUAUCAAAAGGCUGUGAAAGCAGACAACGGAGAGGUGAACGAGAGGGUAAUCACCAUCAAGAUGACUUAUCAGAGAACCAAAGCAAUAAUCAUGACAACAACAAGGGUGUUGUAGCUAAUUGUGAAUCCAGGUUGGUUCAUUUGUUUAGAGGGUGGCUCCCAUACAAAUUGACAAGCCCAGAGAGGAGAAUGAAACAGAAGAGCAGCACAUCGAGAUCACACGAUGGUCUACUUAUGGAGUUCUAACAGUGUUGUGCUAUGAUUAGUACUUUUGAAAGAGAGGAAUCCAGCAACUGUUUGCAAAUGUCAAAGAGAGUUGGAGAGUGAAAUGGAAAACAUCCACCUCUAGUUAAAGUUCUAAACUUUUGACUUUAUAAAAGAAGAUCAGUUGCCUGCCUAUGCAUCUGUUCCAUUUCCUCAUUUGCAUAUCAAAAUUAAUUGUGUACAUGAAUUUGCUUGUGUAGAACAAAAAUAUCUCUUUGGUCAUUAGAAACAGCAAAUCCACUAUCAUCAGACUUGAA